AUGGCCAACAACCUCUCCAUCUCUCCGCCGCGGGCCCUCACCGCCGUCCCCGAGUUUGACGAAAACGCCGUCUCGCCACUCUCCUCGGCCUCACCCACCGUCGAGACCUUCAACGUCGGCAGCCUCGACCGCCAGGUCCAGUACCAGACGUACCAGCGCGUUCCCUCGCACGUCGCCGCCGAAGGGAGGGUGUCGACCGACUGCGGCAGCCGGAGCAGCCGCGGCGGCGGCAUGGCCCCGGUAAACGGUGGUACCGAGGCGGACAUUGCAGACCAGGAGGAGACGCCGCAGCAGAGCGGCAACGCAGACGGCAACGCAGAGACACCGCCCGAUGACAAGCGGAAUUCCGUGCCGAUGCGCGUGCCCGUCGGCUCCAAGGGCUCGUCGCCGUCGUCGCGCAGCACCAGCAGCAUCCUGAUGGACCACCAGCCGUCUCCGCCGCGCCGCGAUGCCAGUUCGGUGAAUGCUCGCGGCCACACCAUCAGCUGGCCCCUGAGCAGCGCGCCGCCCCUCCCGCCCAAGGGCAAAGCAUCCCGGACGGCGCCGUUUCUCGGCCGGAUAAAAGACGCACUCGUGCCUGGACGCUCCAAGAAGAGGCAGCUCGCAAAUCUUCCGAGAGGCCGACCGGUGUUCCAGGAGGCGCACGCGCUGCAACAGAAUCAUUUGGAGCCGCCGCCGGAGCCACUCGAAGAUGAUGAGCCUCCGUUAAAAUCCGGCAACGACAAGCACCACAACGCUUCGUCCGGGGCGUUGGCCGACGUUGAGGCGGACGCUGGUGAUGACAGCUGCGACGACGAGCUGUUCAAGAAGAAGUUUGCCGCCGACGUACUGCUGGUCGAGGCAGGACAUCGCAACAGCUGGAUCUCCGUCAUCAUCCUCGCCCUGUCCAUCUACUCGACCGUCAUGUCCGCCAUCUGGAUGGUCGUAGCCUUCGUGCAGCCGCGCUGGGGCCACAAGAUCUCUUCGCGCGGGGGCGUCAUCCCGUCGACGGCGACGCUCGUGACGGCGCUCGUCGCCAAGACCAUCGAGCUGUCCUUCGUGACCGUCUUCAUCUCGUGUGUCGGGCAGGUGCUCACGCGGCGGGCCAUCGCGCGGCGGUCCACGGGCGUGACGCUCGCCGAGAUGACGAUGCGCAACUGGGUCAUCCAGCCGGGCUACCUCAUCACGCACUUCGAGACGAUCCCCUACGCGGGGCUGACGGUGCUCGGCGCGCUGUCUCUGACGGCCACCAUCGCCGCCAUGUUCUACACCACCGCGUCGGACGCCAUGGUCGCGCCCAAGCUCAAGUUCGGCUCGUGGGAGACGGUGCAGAUGCAGGGCCGCGUGCGCUCCUCGUAUGCCAACGCCGUGUACGUCAAGGAGCUGUGCCCGUCGCUCUUCGACCCGGCCACCGACAUCAGCGCGCAGGAGUCGUGCCUCAACGUCGAGUUCUCGGGACAGUCGUUCCGCAACCUGCUGUCCUUCAUGACCGACUGGACGGCCAUCAGCAACAACGGCACCAGCCGCGCCGCCACGGUCGGCCAGCGGCCCGUCGGCACGACGCUGCUGUAUGACAACACCACCAUGUCGUCGUCGUGGAUCCAGACGGAGCACAGCAACGUCACGGCCCAGUGGGUCAAGUACGGACGCAUCGUCAACAACGUCACCCUCGCCAUGCCCCAUCCCGGCGUGUACACGGCUGCCCAGGACCCCAUCAACGGCAUCCUCCAGCCCGACGAUCUCGCCGGCGUCGGCGAGUACGCCAUCCGUGCCGGCGUCGUGUCCCCGGCGCUCAACGUCAUGUGCGUCAACAUGGACAAGGACGAGCUCAAGCCCUUGGUGUACGUCAGCUGGCCGACAGCCAAGACCUCGCGGCUGCUGGACGUGGGAGAGCAAGACAUCGGAUACAAGCUGUGGGAGACGGAAGUCCCGCCGUGGUACAAUCAAGAUGGCCAGAUUGACUAUCUCAACCGCACUGCUGUCGACGAUAUCUUUGGCUGGGGCCCCAAGUACAGCAGGAUACCGCCCGUCUUCCAAGCAUAUCCAAGCGACUACAACACCGUCUUCAACUGGACAAGUGCCCCGGGCGCGAUGGCGUUCUACCUUCUUGCCAAGAGCCCGGCCAUGGCCAACUAUACGCUCUGCGAGAUGCGUUCGUUUGUAUCCCCGGCGUGUUCGACCCACUUCAACAUCUCAGGGACGGCCGGUGCCAGCAUGCAGGCGCACUGCGAGGACGUCAAUGAUCCCGACGCAUAUCACCUUACGCCGGAGCAAGACCCCAGCUUCAAAGGCGACUGGCCGUCUUGGUCCACUGACUGGAAGUGGAUCGCCACGCAAUGGGGGCUGUCCAUGGCUCUAAACGGCGGCGUUUCUUACAGCAACGCCUCCAUAGCUCGCAUCUUGACGCAGCUCGCCCUAAAGGACACGAAGCUGCUGAUUGAUCAGCCAUCCAUGGCCGAGGCGCUGGCUGUGUAUGGCAGCUCGACGCUGGUCAUAUCGUCCAUUGACACGCCGUUUCGACACUAUUGGGAUUAUGCAAAGAACAUACUCGGUGCACCAGGCGCCCUGGAAAGCUUUCACAGCUCCAUCAUAACGCAGCAGUACACUUCCGGCCACAUCAACGCAUGGCAGAGGAUAUUUUACGUCGUGCUAGUACUCAUCUUCAUCAUCAACGUCUGCUGUCUCGUGCUUGUGCUCUUGCGUGCGGAGCAAGUCACCGACUACACCGAGCCGCAAAACCUCUUUGCGCUGGCCAUCAACAGCCCGCCAAGCGCCCAGCUCAAGGGGAGCUGCGGCGGGGGUCCGCAGCGGCGAGAUCUUGUUGUGCCAUGGCGAGUAGAGUACGCCAAGAACUCGAACCAUUACUUCUUCGAAGAGGCCAACGAGAAGCCAUGGAGGGGAAAGUACGCGGGUGAAGGCGUCAGCACCGCGAGAGACUAUGUCGAGGUAAAGGGGAACAGCUACAAGAGGCUGAGUUCGAGUCGCGGCUGGCUCUAG